CAGGUAGGGAAGAGGCGGAACGCUGGGGCCCCGCCCCCGGGAGCCACUACCCAGCGGCCGGCCGGCGCAGCUCGGAGCUGAGUCCCGGGGACUUGGGGCCGCAGGGAGGCUGUGAGCACCAAGGAAGCGACCCUGCCUGACCUGGAGUCAUCUGUCUUUCCAUCUGUCUCUGCAUCCAGCCACCUCUCCACAGAGCUGAGACUUGACCCCAGAGCAUCUCUGCAGAGUGAGGAAAGGACUAAGAACAUGCUCUAAAGUCCUCAGCAACAAGACCCAGGGAACUGCGAGCUCAGCCCACAGCCUGAAGGUGGAUUCUUAUCCACGGUGACACCAGAGAAGACCCACUGCAGAAUGCUGAGCAGAGUUCCCUGUGCUAUAUGCUGCCCCGCCCCCUCACCCACCAUGGCCUCCAAUGACAAGAAUGGCGAGAGGGUCUCCUCAGUGUCCAGCAGCCGCCUGCAGAGCCGCAAGCCGCCCAACCUGUCCAUCACCAUCCCUCCGCCCGAGACCCCGGCCCCCAGCGAGCAGGCCAGCAUGCUGCCCCAGGAACCCGGAGGGCAGAGGCCCAAGAACCCGGCCCUCCUGAAGAGCGUCAGCCUCCAGGAGCCGCGAGGGCGAUGGCAGGAGGGCAGCCCGGAGAAGCGCCCUGGCUUCCGCCGCCAGGCCUCCCUGUCCCAGAGCAUCCGCAAGGGCGCGGCGCAGUGGUUCGGGGUCAGCGGGGACUGGGAACUGAAGCGGCAGCACUGGCAGCGCCGGAGCCUUCACCACUGCAGCGUGCGCUACGGCCGGCUCAAGGCCUCGUGCCAGCGGGACCUGGAGCUCCCCAGCCAGGAGGUGCCCUCCUUCCAGGACACCGAGUCUCCAAAGCCCUGCAAGAUGCCCAAGAUCGUGGACCCCCUGGCCCGAGGACGGGCAUUCCGCCACCCGGACGAGGUGGACCGGCCCCACGCCCCGCACCCACCGCUGACCCCCGGGGUCCUUUCCCUCACCUCCUUCACCAGCGUCCGCUCCGGCUAUUCCCACCUGCCCCGCCGCAAGAGGAUCUCUGUGGCCCACAUGAGCUUUCAAGCUGCUGCAGCCUUGCUUAAGGGGCGCUCGGUGCUGGAGGCCACGGGACAGCGGAGCCGGGUGGUCAAGUGCAGCUUUGCCUACCCCAGCUCUCUAGAGGAGGACGUGGUCGACGGGGCGGAGACAUUCGACUCCUCAUUUUUUAGUAAGGAAGAAAUGAGCUCCAUGCCCGAUGACGUGUUUGAGUCGCCCCCACUCUCCGCCAGCUACUUCCGGGGGAUUCCGCACUCGGCCUCCCCUAUCUCCCCCGAGCAGGUCCCCCUGAAGGAGUCCAGCCGAGCCCCAGCGCCCCCCACCAAACGCGGCAAGCGCAUCGCCUCCAAGGUGAAGCACUUUGCCUUCGACCGGAAGAAGCGGCACUACGGGCUGGGCGUGGUGGGCGCCUGGCUGAACCGCACCUACCGCCGCAGCAUCAGCAGUACCGUGCAGCGGCAGCUGGAGAGCUUCGACAGCCACCGGCCCUACUUCACCUACUGGCUGACCUUCGUCCACGUCAUCAUCACGCUGCUGGUGAUCGGCACGUACGGCAUCGCGCCUGUGGGCUUUGCCCAGCAUAUCACCACCCAGCUGGUGCUCAGGAACAAAGGUGUGUAUGAGAGCGUGAAGUACAUCCAGCAGGAGAACUUCUGGAUCGGCCCCAGCUCGAUUGACUUGAUCCACCUGGGAGCCAAGUUCUCACCUUGCAUCCGGAAGGACCAACAGAUCGAGCAGCUCGUGCUGCGGGAACGAGACCUGGAGCGGGACUCGGGCUGCUGUGUCCAAAACGACCGUUCGGGCUGCAUCCAGACCCAGAGGAAGGACUGCUCGGAGACUCUGGCCACUUUCGUCAAGUGGCAGGAUGAUACGGGGCCCCCCAUGGACAAGUCUGAUCUGGGCCAGAAGCGGACUUCCGGGGCUGUGUGCAACCAGGACCCCAGAACCUGCGAGGAGCCAGCCUCCAGCGGUGCCCACAUCUGGCCCGACGACAUCACCAAGUGGCCGAUCUGCACAGAGCAGGCCAAGAGUAACCGCUCGGGCUUCCCGCACAUGGACUGCCAGAUCCGGGGCCGCCCCUGCUGCAUCGGCACCAAGGGCAGCUGUGAGAUCACCACGCGGGAGUACUGUGAGUUCAUGCACGGCUAUUUCCACGAGAAGGCCACGCUCUGCUCCCAGGUGCACUGCUUGGACAAGGUGUGUGGACUGCUGCCCUUCCUCAACCCUGAGGUCCCCGAUCAGUUCUACAGGCUCUGGCUGUCUCUGUUCCUCCACGCUGGCGUGGUCCACUGCCUCGUGUCUGUGAUUUUCCAAAUGACCAUCCUGCGUGACCUGGAGAAGCUGGCUGGCUGGCACCGCAUCUCCAUUAUCUUCAUCCUCAGCGGCAUCACCGGCAACCUCGCCAGCGCCCUCUUCCUCCCAUACCGGGCGGAGGUGGGCCCUGCAGGGUCGCAGUUCGGCCUCCUGGCCUGCCUCUUUGUGGAGCUCUUCCAGAGCUGGCAGCUGCUGGAGCGGCCCUGGAAGGCCUUCCUGAACCUGUCCGCCAUCGUGCUCUUCCUGUUCGUCUGCGGCCUCCUGCCCUGGAUCGACAACAUCGCGCACAUCUUCGGCUUCCUCAGCGGCCUGCUGCUGGCCUUCGCCUUCCUGCCCUACAUCACCUUCGGCACAAGUGACAAGUACCGCAAGCGCGCCCUCAUCCUGGUGUCGCUGGUGGUCUUCGCCGGCCUCUUCGCCUCGCUGGUCAUCUGGCUGUACGUCUACCCCAUCCACUGGCCCUGGGUCGAGUACCUCACCUGCUUCCCUUUCACCAGCCGCUUCUGCGAGAAGUACGAGCUGGACCAGGUGCUACACUGACCGCCUGCCCGGCGGGGCCGGCGCAGCUGCUCCCACCCAGCGCGGAGGACGCGGGGCUGUGUCUGGACCGAGCUGUCCACCUGCACGGCGCCGCCCCACACACCCCAGAGACCCCAUGGGGCCGGCCCUGCUCCCAGGAGAGACGGAGUCCGAGGGGAGACGCUCCUAAAGGCGGGCUUCUCGGGCGGCCAGGGCCCCCUUCCUCAGGCCCGGGCUGGGGGACACUCGGAGCCUGUGCGUCUCUGCAGCUCGGGGCCCAGGCCCUGACAGCCCCCCCGCUGCCCGGCCGUCGGGACCCCUCCUGGGGGGGCGCCCCUUUCUUCCAGGGUCCUGGGCUGCUGCUCAGCCCCUACCUCCGGCUCCGCUGGUACAGUCCCCGCCCCGCCCUGUCACUGUGAGUGAGCUCCUCCCGGGGAUGAGGCCUGGGUUCCCGCCGGGUUCCCAGCCCUGCCUGGCCACGGCCCCUCCCCUCUCGGCCCUGUGAGUCCAUGCCUGGCUUCCAUCAGUGGCCCGCUGAGCCUCCCCAUUACGCUCCUGAACCAGACCUCACGGGAGAGGCUUUGGCCGUGGUCUGGGGCAGAGAAGGAGCAAAGAGACACAGCUAGACUGGGAAGCUGAGAGCCUGGGCUGUUAUCCAACAGAAGCUGAACCCACUAGCCCACCCCAGGGCCCCCAGUCCCUCCCAGCCAGCCCUUCCCCAUGUUCAGCCUCCUGGGGCUGGACGGAUGCCAACCAGCUCCCCACCCUCUGCCUCACUUCUGCCAAGAAAGGGGCAGGGCCACCCCGUGGACCUGCGCCCAGGGGUUGCCCAAGGUCAAUCAGGACCUUUUUUUUUAACCAAUUUAUAUCAUGGUCCUAACUUUUUAAAGUAACGCUAACUUUGUAUGGACAAUGUCUGAAAUGGAUUAAACGAUAUUCUUUAAGAAAG